UAUGACAUCCCUGGGACACGCCCUCUUCCCGGCGGCGAGGUGACGCCAUGAGCGGCCUGUGGCCUCCCGGUUCCAAGUGCUUCGUUUUCGUGGAGGAAGGGCCGCCCGGGGCCGGGGAUGUCGAGCGGCUGGAGGUCGCUGUGCCCGAGGUACUGGAUCCCCAAUAUGGUAUGUACGUAUGGCCAUGUGCUGUGGUACUAGCACAAUAUGUGUGGUUUUCCAGAAACACAGUAAGAGGGAGAACCAUUUUAGAGGAUGCUGCCUUUUACCACAGCCUGAUAUAUGUCUGGAACAUGGUCGACUCAAGCCGGGUCGUCAAACCAUCAGGAACGAAAAACAAAGUUGCUGGAAAAGCUCAGCAGAUUGGAGCUGGUGCGGGCUUACCUGGCAUAGUGGCAGCAAAAUGUGGUGCCAGUGUGAUUUUAUCGGAUGGUGCAGAGAUUCCAAAUUGCUUGAAUAACUGCCGCCUCAGUUGCCAGAUUAAUAAACUUGAGGAUGUGCCGGUCAUCGGUUUAACCUGGGGGCAAAUAUCCCCUGAUCUCGUGUUGUUACCGCAGAUAGACAUAAUUCUGGGUUCUGAUGUGUUUUAUGACACUGAAGACUUUGAGAAUAUAUUAACAACAAUUUUUUACCUCAUCCGAAAAAAUCCACAUGCACUUUUCUGGACCACGUAUCAGGAACGUAGUGCUGAUUGGUCAAUUGAAUCAUUGUUGUAUAAGUGGAAUUUGAAGUGUGUUCACAUUCCACUAGAAACAUUUGAAGCAGAUGAAGAAUUCCUUGCUGGAUCCAACCUCCCUGGAAGUCACACUAUUCAGAUGAUGAUUAUCACUUUAGGGACUAGUAUUCCUUCAGUAACCUGAAGCUAAUUCAAUGGCAAAAAUAGAUAUGCUAUUCUUGCUGAAUGGGUUGUUUUAGAAAGGCUGCAAUCACCAUAUGUGCUGUAAUUUUUUCAUGUAGAAUCAAUGUAUAGGAUAAUUCUGAAGAAAACCUGAACAUCCCAGUUUAGUAUUUGAUACUAUGUGGAAAAACUAGCGACAAAAAUAUUUAACUGCAGCAGUUUUGCUGUUGAUAGAAUUGGUCUGGCAUGGAAGGAACAAAUAGCAAUGUAUGGUAUCAAAGCUUUUAUUAACUUGAAAACCAAUAAUCCCUUAUUUUUGAUAUAAAGUAUCCCAGUUACUAUCUCCUACAAAACCACUGAACCAAAAACUGUACUAAUUAUGUGUAUUUCAUGUUCUAGCUUAAUUUUGAUUGUUUGAAGACCCUAAACAAGAAAAUAAGGCAGUAGCUUUCCCAUUCUAUCCAGUCCUCAUUUGUAGCUGGAAGUACAAUGAAAUGAUUGUUGUUUACCCCUGCUCCAAGACUAUAAAAAUAAUGUUAUAGAAAACAUUUCCUUUUCACAAUGAUUAUUCUAGCUUGAUACAAGUUGAUCUCCAACAUACACUUGAAUUAGGAGAUAUUUUAUUUGCACAAAGCAACCAGGAAUUUUUUUUAGUUGAAUCAUUUUGUUCCAAGUACCAAUUCUUACCCCCACCCCACCCCAUUCUAACUCUUAAACAGAGGAACAAGUUAAAUAUUUACAUAUAUAACAUUUUCCCCUAAUCAGAAAUAAAUGGACACAUCUAAUUUGCUUCCCCUAAUGGUGAAAUGAAACUGCUUGAUGGGUGUUUAUUUUAAAUUGGUUGUACUUUAUCCAUAGUCUCAAUCACUUGUUCCUCUCCAAAGAAGAACUUAUGCUACAUUUGAUAUCCAAUUACCCCAUGUUCCAAAUACGAAUUCUGGUGACAACCAAACAAUUUAAUGCAUAAUUAACCCUUUACAAUGUUAUUGCUGAUUUUGCAUUGCCAAGCAACCAUAGUUAAUGUUACAGCAUUGCUAAAUAAUAACUUUGCCAAUGUUUAGUUGAAUUAGUUCAGGUAGUUAACUUCAAUCAAUUAGAAACUGAAGACCAAAGUAAAUAUAUCAUAUUGCGCUAACACAGAUCUUGAAGUUUACAUUUGUUUUGCUGGGUGUUUGAAUGCUGGUCUUUCUCCCCAAGCAUUAUGCAGACUUAUACAUGUUUGAUGCGAUGACAUAAUUUGCAGUUGUGCCUUCAAUGCAGAAAAUAAACUCCACUGGUUAAUGUCUCACCCCUGCAUUGAAAGCAAAGUAAGUGAACUGUAAAUAAAUAAAUACCAAUAGAAAAUAGAGCCAAAAUUAAAAACUUUCUGUAAGUAGAUAGGAUGGAAGGUUAAAUUAGUAAAGGAAAAUAAAGAUUAACGUAAGCUCUUUCUUCAUGAUCUUAAGCAGCAGCUCAUCCUAGCCAACUGAUGAGCAGUAGAGAAAGGUUACAGUUAAGGAUACUGCAAAUAUGAUCAGUUUGGUAAUUGUUAUUUGUUAUUGAAAGCAUUCAUUAAAAGUUAUUUUCAGCCUCCAGCUAUUUAACAAAUGCAAUAAUGGACUUUAGCAACAUUCUUUUGACAAGAUUUUAUUGAAUGUAAAUAUAUUGAACUUCACUAAUUCCAAACCUCAUUUUGGGAGUUUGAAACGCGCUUAUGUUCUGCUCCAGCAAUCAUUAGGUAAGGAUUAAAGUUAAUAAGAAUCUUGCAGGACAACAAGGUGCAGGGCUGGAUGAACACAGCAGGCCAAGCAGCAUCAUAGGAGCAGAGAGGCUGACGUUUCGGGCCUAGACCCUUCAUCAGAAAAGGGGGAGGGGAAGGGGGUUUUGAAAUAAAUAGGGAGAGAGUGAGAGGCGGAUAGAAGAGGGAUAGAGGAGAGGAUAGGUGGAGAAGAAACAAACAGGUCGAAGAGGCGGGGAUGGGGCCAGGAAAGGUGAGUGUAGGUGGGGAGUUGGGAAGGGGAUAGGUCAGUCCAGGGAGGACGGACAGGUCAAGGGGGUGGGAUGAGGUUGGUCGGUAGGAGAUGGAGGUGCGGCUUGAGGUGGGAGGAGGGGAUAGGUGGGAGGAAGGGAUAGGUGGGAGGAAGAACAGGUUAGGGAGGCAGGGACGAGCUGGACUUGCAGACUUGGUUGAUGUUUUCACUCAAUCUUCCAGCAUUCAAUUUUAGAGAAACUCAUUUUGGAAUAGCAUUUUCACUUGCUCAUACCAAACUCUAUGUUCCCUCUACAAACACAGCUGCUAAGUAUUUCCAGUGUUUUUCAAUUACUUGAAGUCUGUUGGAACUUCACGUUUCACAUGAAUGUUUGUGUAUUAUGUCAACAGACUGAUUUUAAUCUAAAUAGAAGCUGCAUAAUACUCAUCACACUAACUGCAGAAAUAUGGACAAAACCAUGGUUUUUUUCCUUCUCUAUAGCAUGACUGUUGUGCUAGAUUAAUAUGACAGCAGUUCUACAGGUUAGUUUGCUCCUUGUAGAAAAUUUGUACUACUUCAAAUCAAUACUCUAGUUGUUUCUUCCAUCCGGUCUUAUUCAUUGAUGUUAACGAACCACAACCUUAAUAAAAAGCCAUUUCUGAA